ACGUCGUGUUCGUCGCAAUAACUCGAUUCGGAAUUCUGACUUGGCUUGCCAAGUACAAGAAGUCUCUGCCGCUAUCACUUCCGAACUAAUUCAUGAACUCAUACAUGGAAUAAAAUUGGAUAGUAAACCGCCAUCUCCACCGAAUGAACAUGAAUACUGGGUUAAUGGAUCUGCAUCAAUAUUCUAG